AUGGAAGAGGUGAACCGUGUCUGCUUAUGGCGAUAUGAUUGCGAUGAAUUGAUUGACUCAGGUAAAUUCAAGCCCACCUCUGAAAACGAAAAUGACAUCAGCCCUGGAGUGUUGGGUGACUCAGCUGAUGACCCUCGCCUAGUGGAUUCCCUGGUUCACCCUGGGUGGGUACAAGAUAUGAAGGUCCACCGGCCAAGUCGACGCCUGUUUUCUGUUAGUUCUCGUGGCACCCUACUUGCGUAUCAGGCCAACUUUGAUUCCAUGCGCUUGUCCCGAUUAACUGAGGAGUGGGCCCCCUUCCGACCAAUAGCUAUGCCCUCUAAUCAACCCAUUGCUUUGGCAAGUCUCAGUUUAUCCCACGACGGUACGCAAGUGGAUCUCGCGGACGAUCUGGGUCGCAUUGCUAUCGUCGCAGUGAAUCGCUUACCCAACCAAGCGUCGAUACCGAAGUCGGAAUAUCUUCCAACUCCGAUCAAGCCAGACACAUCAGCCAUCGUGCAAACUGGUGCUGACAUCACCUCAGUGAACGCUUUGGAACGAGUGGACGCAUCCACGCUCGCUAGUGUGAAUCAGUUGGGUCAAUUGAAAGUGUGGGACCUUCGUUGUGGUCUCGCUCAACCGCAGCAGCGCAUCUUGAGGCCUUCAGAAGCACAACCACUUCAUUGCCUCAGCAGACACCCAGGACAAUCGCAUCUUCUGGCUGUAGGUGGCGUUGAGGGGUCCGGAUCAGCGGCGUACAUUUGGGAUAUACGAGCUGAGCAAUACCCAUUGAGCGAGGUGGCCUGUGCUGGACGCAGUGUUUUUGAAGUUGGGUUUCACCCUCGUCAACCCAAACACUUGUAUCUUGCUACGGAAGCUGCGGGCAUGUUGCAGAUCAGUUGCCGUGGUGACACAGAUUCUUGGACAGGGUUCAAGGGGUCUCGUCGCAAACUCUCAGUGGCACCCGUUCUUCCAGGUGGGACCUCGAUCCAGGAUGUAAUUUCCUUCGAUAUGACCAACACUCAGCUCGUGUGUGGCCACUCGGAUGCAAUAAUUCAAACCGUUGAAUGCGAUACCUCUGUCUACUGA